AUGUUGUACCUCGGCGAGUCAGUUGUUCUGCUUCUGAUCCUUUCCUGUUCGAUACUAGUGGAUGGUAGAAUUUCACCGGAAGUGGUCGCCCUGAAGCGAGUGCUGUACGAUGAGCUGCAAGCACUCGAACGGAGUGCACUAGUUACACACUCUGCGCAUGCCACAUCGGACGGUAGUGUUUCCGGCGAGCUUCGGAGUGUUUUCCACGAGUUUGAACGCCAAAAUCAGGAAAGUAUUGCGGCCAUCCUGAGAGUGCUGGCGCUAGUGGAUCAUACGCUCGAAAAUACCAUCGAGGAUUGCGCGAAAAUCUUUGACCUUCCCUCGCUGGAAAGUGAGAACAUUGUGUUCCGAGACGUUACACGGCCUCUGUUGUUGCGUGUCGCUGAACUUUGCCGACAGAUCACAGAGGAAGAUUUGUCAGGGCUAGAAGCCACGAUGGAGGCGGUUGAGAAGGAAGCGAAUGUGUAUAGGGAGCGUUUGGAUGCCACCAAAGGAUACAUGGAGACAGUAUUGAUGAAUCUGGAAAAUUUCUACAAGGACAACUCGAUAAUCAGCAGUUUUGAUGAAACACUUCAGCGCAUGAACGUGCGAACUACGUCGAUCGAAGAUACAAUCAGGGGAGCUUUGCAGAACUUUUCCGACAGGCAGAGUUUGAUGCGAUCCUCGUUAAUUGUCACUAUUUUCCAAACCUCAACCGACCCGGAUGAUGCCGAGCUGAUAACCAACUUCUUGGAUGGGCUGGCAAACGAAACCAACUUUCUAGCGGAUGAUCUCAUCGAGCUGGCUCAAAUAAGAAACAAUCUAACCGAAGAUAUAUUGCACGACAUCAGGGUGGGGGUUUAUGAUAUUCUUUUCAGUUUGAUCGAUUCUCCAAUGAGUGCUUUUUUAGAGGAGGAAAAUUCACUUCGCUGUUUGGCCGAGUACUACGAACACAAUCCCGUGCAGCACAUGGUGAUGAGUUUGAAAAACAUGUUUGUUUGCUACCAUGUUGAUGAUGCUCUAGCAGAGUCCCUGGAAACGAUACAACGGUUACUAGAACUGACCGCGAACGAGGUAGAAACCAUAUGCGAAGGACUACAAACAUGUUUCCGAAACAGUGCAACCCAACAAGAUACCAACGAAGACAUAAUGUCGUGUUUCGAAGCGGUAGGCAAUAAUGCAGACUCAAUCCUAAACGCAACGGCAGAAUUCAUCGAAGCAAAGAUGGAUGAAAUGUCCUCACAUUUGGAAGACGCAAUCAACUUUGAACAGGUCAAAAUGCAGGCUUGCCUAUUCUACAAAUUUCAAGAGUUUAUGAUUAGUGAAGAAUUUAUAAAGCUCCGCUAUACAAGCUGUAACGAUGCAGAACCAUCCAAAAUUCAAGACACUUUAGAGAAGAGCGAUAUUGCGGUAUAA